GAGCGAGGCCGAGACCCCCAGCACCCCGGGGGAGUUCGAGAGCAAGUACUUCGAGUUCCACGGCGUGCGGCUGCCGCCCUUCUGCCGCGGGAAGAUGGAGGAGAUCGCCAACUUCCCGGUGCGGCCCAGCGACGUGUGGAUCGUCACCUACCCCAAGUCGGGCACAAGCCUGCUGCAGGAGGUUGUCUACCUGGUGAGCCAAGGGGCCGACCCCGACGAGAUCGGCCUGAUGAACAUCGACGAGCAGCUCCCGGUCCUGGAGUACCCCCAGCCAGGCCUGGACAUCAUCAAGGAACUGACGUCUCCCCGCCUCAUCAAGAGCCACCUCCCCUACCGCUUCCUGCCCUCCGACCUCCACAACGGUGACUCCAAGGUCAUCUACAUGGCUCGGAACCCCAAGGACCUGGUGGUGUCCUACUACCAGUUCCACCGCUCGCUGCGGACCAUGAGCUACCGGGGCACUUUCCAGGAGUUCUGCCGGAGGUUCAUGAACGACAAGCUGGGCUACGGCUCCUGGUUUGAGCACGUGCAGGAGUUCUGGGAGCACCGCAUGGAUGCCAAUGUGCUCUUCCUCAAGUACGAAGACAUGCACCGGGACCUGGUGACCAUGGUGGAGCAGCUGGCCAGAUUCCUGGGUGUGUCCUGUGACAAGGCCCAGCUGGAGUCCCUGAGCGAGCACUGCCACCAGCUGGUGGACCAGUGCUGCAACGCGGAGGCCCUGCCUGUGGGCCGGGCACAUUGCCUCUUUGCUCAGAAGAUCUCCUUGAGCUGGUGAGAGCGCAGGGCUCGGGUAGCCAGCCGCAUUGCUUAAAUUUGAUUCAUAUCACAGCAUAAAUUGUCUUGAUUCCAAAUCCUAAACCAGGGCGGGUCGGGCUGUGGAAGGACAUCUUCACCGUCUCCAUGAACGAGAAGUUCGAUCUUGUGUAUAAACAGAAGA